UUUGCCCUUCGUAGCUAUCGGAGACUGGCUUUGAAGUACCACCCUUUAAAAUGCAAGGAGCCUUGGGCGCCGAAGAAGUUCAGGCAGCUGGCAGAGGCCUACGAUGUGCUCAGCGACCCCAUGAAGAGAGGCAUCUACGACAAGUUUGGAGAAGAGGGGCUCAAAGGCGGCAUCCCCUCGGAGUUCGGGAGCGAGAAUCCCUGGACCGUCGGCUACGUGUUUCACAACAACCCCGACAAAGUCUUCAAGGAGUUCUUUGGUGGAGACAACCCCUUUGCGGAGUUCUUUGCCGAGGAUGGCUCAGAGUUGACCCAGCCCUUUGGAGGGCUGCGAGGGCGAGGAGCGAUGAAACAAGACCCGCCUGUCGUGCGGGACCUGUACCUCUCCCUUGAAGACCUGUUCUAUGGCUGCACCAAGAAAAUUAAGAUCUCCCGCAGGGUGAUGAACGAAGAUGGUCGAACGAGCACCAUCAGAGAUAAGAUCCUAACGAUUGACGUGCAGCCGGGGUGGAAGCAGGGCACCAGGAUCACCUUCGAGAAGGAAGGACACCAGGGCCCAAACAUCAUUCCGGCUGACAUCACCUUCGUUGUCCAAGAGAAGCUCCACCCAAGAUUUAAAAGAGCCAAUGACAACCUCAUUUAUGUCACCACCAUCCCCCUGGGAAAGGCGCUGAUCGGCUGCACGGUGGCCGUGAGGACGCUGGACGGGCGGCUCCUCAACAUCCCCAUCAACGACAUCGCGCUGAUCGGCUGCACGGUGGCCGUGAGGACGCUGGACGGGCGGCUCCUCAACAUCCCCAUCAACGACAUCGUGGAAAGACCUUGGAGCUUCCCAAGCACAUCCUUAUUGCUGGAGGAGGGUUGGAAGCUUUUCCAGCAAGUUCAGGGCUGGAAGGUCCCAGACCCCCAGCGCAAGGGUGACCUCCUCAUCUAUUUCAACAUCUGCUUUCCCAAGAAGCUCACGCCUGAGAAGAAAAUGCUCUUGAAAAGCGCCCUCCUGUCCUAA